AAGCAUGCAGCAAAGGCAACGUUCCCGCUAGCAAACUUCCCCAUGGCGCUGCCGAAAUAUGUGACAAAGGGAAUAUGACUGCUAACACUGCUGCUCGUGUCCAGCCGGGAACCAACGUCACCCUCUCGUGCCAGCUGACACCCCUGCGAUACGCUGAGCGGUGCAAGAUAGCUAUUUUCUUGAACAGCUCUGAACUUGUUUGCAAUUACAGCAGUUCAGUGCGCACCGAGUUUCUCGUCCAUACAUAUGGCAAACACAUGUUUACGUGCAAAACAGUUUGCGAAUACAAGAAAAAACUCAUUUGUGGAAUUGAUAUAGAAUCUGGAAAUCCUCCAGAUGAGCCAAGAAAUGUGUCGUGCAUCCAGUAUGGGACAGACGGCCAUCCCACCUGCACCUGGGAUAAAGGAAGGCUCACGUACAUCAACACUACAUAUGUAAUACAGCUAUCGAAUGGGACGGAUGUCUUAUGUGUUUCAGAAGAAAGCCCAAACAAGAAGUUUGGCUCGCUGGCUCUGAGCAAGUUGAAUUUUUACUCGACUUACACCGUUGUGGUUGCUGCCUCCAAUGAGCUAGGAAGUGCUUUUUCACAGCCGCUCGUGUUCACGUUAGUAGACAUAGUGAAACCACAUCCUCCCAACUUUUCAGUGGAAUUUGAAAAUUCUUCUGCGACCAACUGCACCUUUUUUUGGCACGAUGGAGCACAAGCGCAGCACUGCAGGCUGAGAUACCGCCCACUUAGCAGGCACGCCUGGAGCAUGGUUGAAAGCUUACGGAGUGAGAAAUGCAGUCUUUAUGGGCUGGAGCCUCAUACAGCCUACGAGUUUCAGGUCAGCUGUAAAAUUCACCCCGAGCGAGGACUGUGGAGUAACUGGCGCACAUACCAAACCCAAACUCCAGAAGCAGUGCCGACCGGGCUCCUGGACGUCUGGUACCGACAGCAGGAUGUGGACUCUCAACAGCAGAACAUCUCUGUUUUUUGGAAGGCUUUGAGCAAGUCGGAGGCGAGAGGAAGAAUCCUGCGGUACACGGUGACCUUCGAAGCCCUGGACCAGCGGAGCCCCCCAGCAGGAGAAGCACACUUUACCACCCAAACCAGCUACGCCAGGGUCAUGCCGAGGGUGGACUACAAGAUAACAGUCACCGCUGAGAACUCCAGGGGCAGGUCCCCCCCUGCAUCCAUCGUGACCAGCCUGGGCAUGCAGGAUCUACCCCCUCCUCAGAAGGUCUCUGCCGUAGCCAUGGGAAAUAGCAGCAUCUUCGUCAGCUGGAAACCGCCCGUCAGGUCGCCUGCAGCCAUCAGCGGGUAUGUAGUGGAGUGGGCAGACACUGCGAGGAACACACACCUGGAGCCCCAUCCUGUCUGGGUAAAGCUUCCAGCAUCCAACCUGUCCGCAGCGAUAGCAGAGCACAUAAAAGAUAAUGCGUGCUAUCAGAUCGGUGUGUUUGCACUCUAUCAGGACAGAGCUGGACAAGCGGCAUCUGUUAGGGGAUACUCAAGAGCAAAAGCACCAUCAGCUGGGCCCCAGAUGUACACAACACCCCGGGCAAACGGCGUUUUGGUUUCGUGGGAAGCAAUCCCUGCCCAGCAGCAAAGGGGCUGCAUCACGGCAUACCGCCUAUACCUGCAGGAGAAGGAUGGGCAGGUAGACCCAGCUGUCUACACCAUUUCCAAUGUGACUGCCCAGCGCUCGUUGUACAUCCCCAACCUGCAGCCCGGCCAGCACUACACCCUGUGGAUGACAGCAUCGACAGCAGCUGGAGAGGGGCCCUGCGGCAACACCGAGCUCCUCUCCUUGGAAGGUGCUGGGGGCUGGAUGACUGUUGUGCUUACCUGCAGCUUCUUCAUCUUCUCAGCCUGUGUUUGCUCCAUGCCUCCAGCAAGAAAAGUGUUACACUUGCUCCUCUCUGCGCUUGUGCCGCAGUGGCAGAGCAAAGCCAUUCCAGACCCUGCUAAUGCUACGUGGGCCAAGAACUACGUGUCUAUGAAGCUCGAGGUGAGCUUCCCCUCCAGCCUGUUCCUGCACAGCGCCAGCAGUUUUGAAGAGCCUGAACCCACACACUUAGAGGAAUCCUUUGUGCAGACCGACCCCCUGGCCCUCCGGGACAAGCUCCUCUUCAGCAGAGUUGACAGCAGGGGAAAUGGUGACUGGCUGCCAGAGAGCAGCUUGGGGCAGGAGGAGACGGAGUACGAGGCUCUCCCCAGCCCAGCAGACAGGGAGGUUUAUGAGCAGCAGCUUCCCGACCUCUACAAGAAGAUGGUGGUGGUGGAGGUGACAGAGCACACGCAGACUGUUUCCGAGUACAUCACCAACCGCAUCACCAACAAAGCCACUGUGUGCCUACCCCCGGUGACAGGCACUACUGAAGACCACUCUGAACUCGAGUGCAACCCACUCUCCGUCUUCCCAACAACUUUUUUCACACCUGUACUCUCCUAUGAAGGAACUCUUACUUUGGAUACAGUAAGAAUAAACUGCAGCUCUUUCACCAGGUAG